CUCCAGCUGACUGCCCACUCUCAUGCUGCCUGUAAUUGCAGUACCUGUCACAUUUACAGUCAGAGCUGUGGGCUUCUGUUACAACCCCGCCAUGUGAAACAUCAAGUGUUUUGUUUUUGAACCAGUAGUUUUAGAGUAGAGUUCUACCCCACUCAUACACACACAGACACACUUCACUCCGGGAAAGAUAUCCAUUUCUUGUCCUUUUACCCCUAAGUAUAAGACUUACCACAAACCUCAAAGCUGGAUUACCUUUUCAUUUGGCAAGAUGUAACAUGCAACAAGCCGGGGACUGAAGCGCUCUGCACAGGAUUCAUGACGAAGCUACACUGGUCCUGCUGCGCCGUGCGGAUGAAGCUUGAGGCCCUGACCGGGUAGCCAGGAUGGAGGACGCCAUGGAGGUGCGGACAGACGGCAACUCCCUGCUGAAGGCCGUCUACCUGAGCCGGCUCCGCCUGACCCGCCUGCUCCUGGAGGGGGGCGCCUACAUCAACGAGAGCAACGACCGCGGAGAGACCCCGCUGAUGAUCGCCUGCAAGACCAAGCACGUGGACCAGCAGAGCGUCGGCAAGGCCAAGAUGGUGAAGUACCUGCUGGAGAACAACGCCGACCCCAACAUCCAGGACAAGUCCGGGAAGACGGCGCUCAUGCACGCCUGCCUGGAGAGGGCCGGGGUGGAGGUGGUGUCCUUGCUGCUGAAGAGCGGCGCCGACCCCAGCUUGGAGGACCACUCCAGCUGCUCCGCCCUGGUCUACGCCGUCAAUUCGGACGACAAGGAGACGCUGAAGGUCCUGCUGGACGCGUGCAAGGCGCGAGGGAAGGAGGUGAUCAUCAUCACCACGGACAAGCUGCCCUCAGGGAGGCAGAUGACCAAGCAGUACCUGAACGUCCCUCCUCCUCCGGAUCUGGAAGACCGCCACUCGCUGGUGCCCUGCAUGUCCCCCUCGGAAAUCGAGCUCAAGACCUCUCCGGUAACCUCCGAGCCAGAGAAGCACAUCUUCAGCUUCAAGGAGCAGUGCCCCCACGCCGCCACCACCAACGCCAACUCCCAGCCGGGCUCCCCGACUCGGAAGCCCAGCCCAGCCAGGGGGGUGGCGAAACUCCUGCACCUGCAGCGGCUGCACUCCGAACCCUGGCUGAAAAUCCCCCCCUCGCUGCUGCUCCUGCAGCAGAACAAAGCCACCUCCCUGAACGAGGACCUGCCGGACAUCACCCCCGAGGAGGAGCUGUCCCUCAGAAUCAACGGCCUGGCCUUCCCCAAGGCACCCAUCGCCCGUCACCAGAGCAUUGAUGUCAAAGACGCGGGCGGCCUGAGUAAGACGUUCGAGCAGUCUCCCGGCGGGGGAGGGGGCGUGUCCCGGAAGAUGUCCUACGAUGAGUUACACUCGCUACACUCCGCCUCACACCCAGACAUCAGCCGCAAUUGCGGCGCCAUCCCUGUGGACAAGGACCCCGACUGCAUCCAGAACCUGGCUGUCUCCAGCCUGAGGAACAUUGUACAGAGGAGGAACAUCGGGAUGGACCACUACAGCUCAGACUCCCAGCUGCCCAUGUACACCAGCCACGCGGAGGACGGCAAAGGCCUUCUGGAGAAGAAGAAGCUCGUCUCGGUGCACCACUCCACGCUGUCUGGGUCCCGGGAGUCUCUGGAGAACGUGUCUGCUGCUCAGGUGGCUCGGAGGCACCCAGGGAUGUUGGAGCGCAGGGGGUCGGGAGCCUUGCUCCUGGAUCACAUCUCCCACACCAGGCCAGGAUACCUCCCCCCUCUCAACCCCCACCACCCCAUCCCGGACAUUGGGGCCAUCAACAGCAACAGCAGCAAGCCAGCCAGCGCUGUCCCUGGGGGACCCAAGCCCCUCAUUCCCUCGGCUCCCACCUUUCCCAAGGAUCUCAAGUCCAAGAAGAUGCUGCUGCGGAGGCACUCCAUGCAGACGGAGCAGAUCAAACAGCUGGUGAACUUCGAGGAGAUUUUUGGUCAUUAAUAAGACACCGGCACCGGUUUCUUGGUGCUCCACGGCAAUCUGUGUGCUGCACUUUUACGGCGUUUCCACUGUGUUAUCACACAUUCCUCUCAUGCUUUCUAAAAGGGGUUCCGCAAUUCGCCAUGAACUCAUCGAACUGCUGUGUACCCUAACAGGCUUUCACAACACAACGUAUCUUUGUAGGUGCUAAAGCUGCUGCAGUGAUUCCAACGAGAUUCUGAAAGCCUAUAAUUCUUUUCUCACAUUUUCAGAAUAAUGACUUAAAACUGUUGAUUGGCCAAAUAUCAUCAUUACGAUGGCUUGUUCUGACAGCGAACACUUAACCACGGUAGCAAGUGCUGCACCUUUGAAAGGUUUGGCAGAAAUAUCAGAGAGGCAGGCUCUUCCACUCCUCUGCUUUACGGGCCCUCCCACCGAUCUUUCUGUCUAGUGGUGACCUGAUCAGACUGGGGGUAGAUCUGUGCCCUUCCUGCCUGUUGGUGACAUUCAUACAAGUUGCAAGCAGACAUGUGGGUGGCAAGAGUAAUCUCCCUGCAGCCUCGCCAGUUUCAGCAACAGAAAACUAAAAUAUCAUGGCAGGAAUAUUUCUUGAAGAGGUGUUUGUGAAUCGUCUUGUGAGGAAAUAAAACUGGUUAGCACGAGUAUAAAAUCAAAAAAGAAGAUUAGAUGCAUCACAUUAAAGGAACAGACAACAGAACAAGCUUUCCAGUGGUAAUGGCAGUGUGUUGUGUCUUUUAAAUGUUCUUUGUUUCUUUCUGCAGGAUAUUUCCCAAUAGAUAUGUGCAGAGCAUUCAAUACAAAAUGCUACAGUGAUGGAGUAGAUAAAGUGAAGUCAUGCGCCAUCCGCUUAAAACAGACAACAGCUGGAAUGCACAACAUUUCAGGAAAGUUUCUAAAAAGCAUGACGGCGGAUGGAAGCUAGUUAGAUGUGGCGGUAGAAAGGACAGUCCUGAUCAGCAAUGGUCAAAGAGCUAAAGGCUAAGAGACCGCUGGGAGCCCAGAAGGCAUCAGUUCUCAGUCUCUUCAAACUGUAGCCCAGCUGACAGAAACACUCUGUGUUCCCUUCAGAGCUAAAGCCAUCCACAAAGAUACCAUCCGUGACACCGUGCCUAAUAAUGUGGCCGGUCACUCCAAUCAUACCAGCUAUAGAAACCAACGCAAAGCUGUGUAAAACCGGAGUGCCGCAAAGUGCUUUAAACAGAAGAUGGGAGCAAUAAGAAGAAUUUAGAGGAAGAUGAUUGCUGAGCCAAGUGGCAUCUUAUGCUGUUCCAUUCCCCACAACAUCGAUGGACCAUCAGAACGAUUAAAAACAAGAAGGUGACAUGUUCUUCAUCUUGCUCAUUCAGUUUAAAGUAAGUCCUAGAAGCUUAACCUCCAAGACUUCGACACUAUCUAUAUUUCCUUUUGUAAAACUGCCACCAACUUGUCUAUUGUGUGACAUCAUGCUGAACACAGAGUGGGGGAAAGUUGCUUUUCAGCGGUAAUCCAUGACAGUGAUAAGUUAAGGUCUUUUAAAACAAACAGGAAGUCGAGAGCUAACUUUAAUAAGUCAUCAGUUACAGUGAUCUUUGUAGUGUGUGUAUAGUUACUAUGUAAAGUAACAUUUUAUUCUUAAAAUCGAUUUAGAAAAGUUAUCCAUUGUAAUGGAAAACUAUUUAAAAGUAACUUUCACCAACACUAGCUAAAUAUCUAACAGCGCAGUGCUGUACCCCAUAGAUCUCCUGACCGUGGCUUGCUAAAGUCACAAUCCCCAAUAUACUGUAGUGUACAACACUGAACAACGCUUACCCCUGAUUCCAGCUUUACAUACAAUCUAAAAAUGAAACUAAAAGCACACAUCCAAAAUCAACAGGACAUCAUUAUAAUUGCACAUCUGCUUAUAAAGGUUUAUUCCUUCACUGGGAGAUUCUGAGAGUCUAUGGUAUUUUCAGUUCUAUUUAUAAAAAUGGUACACAAAUGGUCAUGCCCUCUGUGCUUGCAUCCUGAUGGUGUGAUGGGAAAGGUUUUCAGUAAGCGGUGCCCAGAUUUGAUUUCCUCAUACAGCCUUAGUGCAACGGGUUUUGAGAAGUGUUUGGUCUUAUUAUGUUUGAUAGCGGCAAAAUACAGUUUUCCUUCCUCUCCUGCAAAAUGAAUGGCCCAAACACUGCCCACCUGCCUGCUCUGGAGUGUGAGUAGAGGAAGAGCAGCAACAGCGAACACGUGGUGACUCACCGCUGACCGCUGACCCCUCCUGUUCAAGCUGUUUGUUUAUUUACCAAUGUAGAAGCAAACACUUAGGUUGUUUUAUUGCUUUUUAAAUGAUGCUGUUCAUCAAAGAACAGCACAGCCAUAGCUAAUGCAGAGAUGCAAUAUCGUUGAAGGCACUGUACGGGGGAUUUGGAGUGCAUAACAAGUGUCUGUUUCUAUUGACAUAUUGCAGAGGUGACAACCAAAAGCUGUUUUUGAAAUAAAAGACUUUACUGCACCAAUUUUUUUCUCUGUUUCUGCAGUGUCCUUCCUAAAUCUGCAAAGAAAAUCUGCAUCCAGCAUAAAAACCUUUCCCUGAAAUUAAACAAGUAGAUGUGGAAGGAACUAGAUUACAUUUAGAUGAACUAAAGGUUUUCACAGGUGUAUGUAUAGAGAAUUACAGCAGUGAUAAUAAACUGUAUAGCUUAUUUAAAGGCAAUCAUUUCAAAGUGUUUACAGCAAACAUUGGUGAGACAACUUGUGAAUGUCAUUGCAAAAUGAGUAUUAAUAAUACAUGUUUAAGAAGUAUAAGCUAAACAUGUUUGUAAAAACAUGCAUGUAAGAAAUUACAGACGUAUCUGAAGGAAAAUUAAUAUAUCCAAUACAAUAUAUUUGUGCAUAAUAAAUCUAUAUUGGAAAACGACAAGUCCAGUGAAUUAUCUGUUAUAGUCAUGCUUACAAAACAUGAGAAGUUGGAAAGUGGAUCUUUCUUCUUACAUAAAAAAAUCUGUAAAUUUCUAGUGCACUGGGAAGAGGACAGGCGAUUUAAGGGUGUUUUUAGUCUGAUGUGAAUGAGGGAACAUCUGAAUGUUCAUCCAGCAGCAGCUCUGCAAUUCUGACACUGCACUCUACAGCAUAGUCCGUGCCCAAAGAGCCUUUUGACUUAUUACUUCUUUCAUAACGCCUUCUAUUUAAAACUCUAAUUGAAGGUUUGCAGUUCAGACAGUAAAACAAAAUGUGAAAGCUAAAAUCAUACCAUAAAUGUGGAUACAUUACCAGCUCCUCAUUCCAGAGCCCUGAGAAGCAGACUCCAGCCUGUGCUCUAUUCUGCCUCAUUUCAUCUCAUAUCUACUUUCAAAGACAGCCUGGGCUGCCCUUUAGAACUGUGUCAUCCACCUACACAAAACGUCAGCCUGUGCGCUGUGUGCAGUAUACAUAAGAUAUGAGUGCGUUUGUCAUGUUCUCCUGUGUACACUGACCAUGAGAACUCAAAACACGCCGCCCUGCUGUUAAAAGUCCCCUUCAUUAAUCGGUAAUGGGAAAAUUCUCCAGACUCCAACUGACAGGUGGAACUGUACAUACAUCAGAGGUGGCCUGAUGCAGAGAUAAGGUUGCAAGACGAGCAGACAGAAAGGAUACUGGCAGACGCAACUGCAGAAGGCACAGUGAACCGGUAACCGGUAGCAAAACGUUUCACUCUCUGGUGCAUUCAUCUUUUGACCUUUCACCUCUGCAUCUUCCUUCUGAAGCAGCUCUUUGCACGUGUUAGUUUGCAAUAGAUCACAACUGCAAAGAACUAUUAUGAUUCAUAAAGUUUUUUAAAAAAAUGUGAUUUGUAAAACACUUCUGGGGCUGAGCUUGUUUUUUUCCAAAAGUCGUCUCAAAUAGCUGGGCUCUUACAAAUCCAUCCCACCAAUGACGUAAAUGACGCAGGGGUGGCUGUACUGAAUGGGAUCACCAUAUAUUCAAGUGCAAAAAGACUGGCCCUCUGUACCGUGGAGGAAAGGUAACAAAACACUCAAUCUGUUGAUAACAACAGAUAAAUGUUCAGACUAAACUGCAUGCAAGUGAAAAUGUUCUAACCACAAAGCAACAAUCUAGAAGGCUUCAAUACCAGCUCCUUGCACUUACUUCACACAUUUCAUCUUGAAGUCUAUUACAAAGUGCUUUAGAGGUGUUUAGAACCACAUAAAGCUCUGGGUGCAGUUGAGCCAGGAAACUGGGGUGCACACCCCACUGUUACAGAUAGAUUCUUUAUACAAAAGGGUACUGGAGUGUGGGACCCCCUAGUUGUUGACAUUCAAACCCUCGCUUCCUUCAAGAAACAGCUACAUGAUAUCCUCAUAUCAAUUAGAUACCUCCAAACAGGUCAGACGGCCUGCUCUUGUUCUUGCAGUGUAUUCUUUAUGUGUGACAACCAGGUAACGAGGUGUUAGGUGCAACACUUCUUCUGAAGGAUGGCACCUCCUGCAGCACAGAACCCAAGGUUACCUGACUGGGGCAUUGGCUUGGAAAUUCAGGUCCAGAGGGAAGAUCGCCACCUACUGGUCCACCAACACCCAUGGUACUGUGUGAUCGAAAUAUGUGUAAUUGAGUCAAUCGCUCCACACAUUCUCCAAUUGUUAAAAAGAGGAG